AUAUAAGUUUCACCGUGGCACUAAGCGUUUCAAACUCACCACUGGAGCAAGGUUCUACACAUCGGACUAUCAUCACCACAGAUCAGCAACCAACCCCCUGGGAUAAAAUAAUACCGUUUCGGUUUUACGGGGUUGAGAGUCUCUGAAAUAUUUGUAUUCGGUUCAGCUGCGCACUCAUCAACUGCUGGGAGAAUGGUGGAGGUGAGGAAGAUCUGUUGUAUUGGGGCUGGCUACGUGGGCGGUCCCACCUGCAGCGUGAUAGCCCAAAUGUGCCCCGAGGUGACGGUUACCGUGGUGGACGUGAACGAGGAUCGCAUCCGUGCCUGGAAUUCUGAUAGCCUUCCCAUCUUUGAGCCUGGACUCCAGGAAGUGGUGGACUCAUGCCGCGGGGUCAACCUUUUCUUCUCCACAGACAUUGAUGAGGCCAUAAAAAAUGCAGACCUGGUUUUCAUAUCUGUCAAUACGCCUACCAAGACAUUUGGGAUUGGUAAGGGUCGAGCAGCGGACCUAAAGUACAUAGAAGCAUGUGCCCGGCGCAUUGCUGAUGUGUCCAUCGGGUGUAAGAUUGUUGUAGAGAAAAGCACAGUUCCUGUACGUGCUGCUGAGAGCAUCCGCCGCAUCUUCAACGCCAACACCAAGAGUAGCUUCAACUUUCAGGUCCUCUCAAACCCAGAGUUUCUUGCUGAGGGAACAGCCAUCACAGAUCUGAAGAAUCCAGACAGGGUAUUGAUUGGAGGGGAUGAGACCCCUGAGGGCCAACAUGCUAUUGAGGCCCUGCGGAGCAUCUAUGAGCACUGGGUCCCCAAGAGCAAGAUUAUCACCACCAACACCUGGUCCUCUGAGCUCUCCAAGCUGGCAGCCAAUGCCUUUCUGGCCCAACGUAUCAGUAGCAUCAACUCCAUCAGUGCCCUGUGCGAGGUAACUGGCGCAGAUGUAGAGGAGGUGGCACAUGCCAUCGGGACAGACCAGAGAAUAGGCAGUUGCUUCCUGAAGGCCAGCGUGGGAUUUGGUGGCAGCUGUUUCCAGAAGGAUGUCCUCAAUCUUGUGUACCUAUGCGAGGUGCUAAACCUACCCGAGGUUGCAAGAUACUGGCAACAGGUUAUAGAGAUAAACGAUUACCAGCGAAAACGAUUCUCUUCGCGGAUAAUCAGCUGCCUCUUCAACACAGUGACGGACAAGAAGAUAGCCUUGCUAGGUUUCGCUUUCAAGAAAAACACAGGCGAUACAAGGGAAUCCUCUAGUAUCUACAUCAGUCGUUACCUGCUGGAGGAGGGAGCCUGUCUACACAUCUAUGACCCCAAGGUUAAAGCGCAGCAGAUCAUGCACGACCUGACUCAGCCCACACCCUCAGAAAGACAUGACCCCGCCACAGUUUCUCGUCUAGUCACCAUCGUCACCGACCCGUACAAGGCUUGUGAGAACGCCCAUGCAAUUGUCAUCUGCACAGAGUGGGAUAUGUUCACGGAGCUGGACUAUGAGAAGAUCUAUAAAGCCAUGCUGAAACCUGCCUUCAUCUUUGACGGUAGAAGGAUCUUGGACAGCUUGCACGACCAACUCCAGCAUAUCGGCUUCCAGGUGGAGACUAUUGGGAAAAGAGUUAACCAGAGGAUCCACUUCACUGCCAUUGAGGACAAGUCAGAAAUAGACCAACAGCAACCAUUGAAGAAGAUCAAACUAUGAAGUGUGCUUUUGGGACAGCAGUGAAAGAGCCAGCUCAGUGCAGUAAUAUAUUAAACCAAGUUAUAAUUUUUUAUGUAAUAUUAAAUCAGUGGGAUGGCUA